AUGACCGUGAUAGAUCGUGAUGACGGGGAAAUCCAACACAUCGACGGGGCUUAUGUUAAUAAUGAGUAUGUCGGCUUAGAGGAUCCGCCGCCCGAUGAACUUCAAGGAGAUGAAUGGAUUGAUAACUCCGCGAUGGAAAGUGUUCCUAUUGGCACUAAUAGCGGUGUUGAUACACAGGCCGAGGACUUCUCAUUCAUCAAGGGAGAUCUUUACGAGAGUAAGGAGAAAUUGAUCCAUGCUAUUCGCACGUAUUCCAUUGCAAAAAAUGUGAAGUUCAGGCCAACCAAAAAUAAUACUACAAGCUAUAAUGUGGUUUGUUUCUAUCGCAAAGAUGACGAUGUCGAAGAUAAUAGUGGACACCACGACGGCAAUGCGAGGUGUCCGUGGAAGCUUAAUUCACGCUCGGGUUCAAGAGUAGGUGGGCAAUUCAAAAUCACGGCAUACAAUGGACUCCACACUUGUAGCAAUCCUCGAUUAGAGAUGAAUAACAAGAAUGCGUCCUCUUCUUUUAUAUAUCGAUUGAUUUUACCGCAUCUGAGGGAGGAUCUUGAUCUAAGGCCGAAAGAUAUCCGUCUUUUAGUGCAUAAAGCCACCAACUUGGAUGUAUCAUAUCACAAGUGUUGGAAUGCUAGGAGGAAGGCGAUGAUAAAAAUAUUCGGGGAUUGGGAUAAAUCGUAUGAGAUCUUACCUCAUUAUCUUGAAGCACUCAAAAGAGAAAAUCCGGGGACUGUCUACGAAGUAUCUUCGGACCCCGUUGAUGGCGGAGAACGGCGGUUCACCGGUGUAUUUUGGGCAUUUGGGCCCUGUAUUGAGGGGUUUCGUCAUUGCCGUCCUCUUCUUAGCAUUGAUGGAACUCACUUAUAUGGUAAAUACAAAGGCGUUUUGCUUGUUGCAACCGGAGUUGACGCGGAUGGCGGGUUGUUUCCUUUAGCAUUCGCAGUGGAUGAAAGGAAUUCCAAGAGCACUCCAACGACAUUUCCCGCCACCCAUGCACUCUGUAUAUAUGCUCAUAUUUUAAUCACAGGUCUAUUCAUUAUGGAUCCGGGACCGGAGAAUCCCGACGUUUUGUACCUUCAGGCGAGUCAUUGUUCAGACCAUAUUGGUUCGGGAGAGCCCGUACCAGAGUACACGAUGAUCGAGCAUUCCCAUAGUCAUUCGGCAUGGGUCAUAGAGGAUGAGAGGGUACUAGCUUUGAUCGCUCAGGCCGGUUUUCGACCGUGUUCGACGAUUCGUUAUAUCAGGCUUGAUUGGCCGCUUAUCACUGCUUUGAUUGAGAGGUGGAGGCCAGAGACCAACACCUUUCACAUGCAUAUAGGGGAGUGCACGAUCACUUUACAGGACGUGGCCGUCAUACUUGGGCUCCGGAUUGAUGGACCGGUAGUUACGGGCACCGACGAUCAUAGUUGGCCGGAGGUAUGUGCCCGGCUACUUGGACAGGUUCCCGACUUGAGGAGUGGUGCGAUGAAGCUAUCGUGGCUUCGUCAGACAUUUCAGGGCGACAUACCAGAGGAUGCCUCUGAUGAGACGCUCCAGUUUCAUGCUCGUGCAUACAUAUUGCACAUGAUAGGGUGCGUACUAUUUCCUGAUGCGAGCAAGACUCUCGUACAUGCACGAUGGCUGCCACUGCUGGAGGAUUUUGGUGUAUGCGGGGCACUAUCGUGGGGCAGUGCGGUGUUGGCAUAUUUGUAUCGAGAAUUGAGUAGAGUAUCUCUGAUGCAGAAUAAAGAAUUCAAGGGAUGCUGUACGUUGAUACAGAUUUGGUCAUGGGAGCGCAUUCAUAUUGGACGACCCACUUUACUUAUGCACCGUGACUUAGAGGGGCAGUAUCCGUUGGCAUACAGGUAUAACGUGCGAUACGCUCAGUACAAAUCAGCGACGCGUCACCGUCAGUUUUACCGAAAUGAGCUUGAUGGCCUCCAGCAUGAACAGUUCAAGUGGAGACCCUAUACACCGCCGGAGCUCGAUAUACAUUCUCUUGCACCUAUCUGCCGAGAUAGUCCCGACUUGUGGAGAGCCAGAGUUCCAUUGAUCUGUUGGGAGAUCGUAGAGAUGCAUGUACCGGACCGUGUGCUACGGCAGUUUACACUCUCUCAGCAUAUUCCAGAUCCUGUCGAGCAGAUCAAUCGUCGGCGGCGCCCUACAUCGCACCGGACUGACUGGGCCGUAGUCCGUGCGGACUACAUAGGCAGGUGGGUUCAGAGGUGGGAUUGCAUACAGGAUACGAGGCCCACAGCUGUUGACUAUACCACGUAUAUGCGUUGGUAUUGGGGUAUCACACGUAGAUGGAUCACGCGUGACCCACAGCCUUUAGCUGGACACAUGCCACGCCCACCGACAGAUAGUUACAUCCCUAGUGGGAUGAACGAGAGAGAUUACGUCCGUGUUUUAGAUAGCAUUGAUGCUGAUAUUGAUGCGCACGUGACUGAGAUUCAGGAUCAGGUGGCGUUAGGUCUCCUCAGCAGGAUCAAGAAGAGCAUAGCGCAGGUGUUCCAUAAGACUCACGUCGACGAGUUCGUAGGCCGUGAGGACAGAUAA